AUGGAGUAUCUGAGCCUGUGUAUAUUGAGGAUGCAGAAGGGCCUUAUAAAUGCAGUUAAGGAGGUUUUUCCAGAUGUGCAUCACAGAUUCUGUGUUUGGCAUCUGUGGAAGAACUUCAACAAGCAAUGGAAGGAUCUCCAGCUUAGAGGGCUACUUUGGGAUUGUGCAAGGUGUACUAGCCAAGAUGGCUUCCUUGAUAUCAUCAAAAAGAUUGAAAGGGUUAAUAAGGAAGCCUGGGAGUAUUUGAACAAGAUCAAAGAUGCUAGAGCUAAGCCUAUUAUCACACUCUUGGAAGAAGUCAGAAUGUAUGCAAUGAGAUCGAUAGCUAGGAACAAGGUGAAGCUGAAUUCGAACACUGGAGUUCUACCUCCUAUACAAUGCAGCAGGUUAGAAAAGAUACGGAAGGAAUCAAAAAAUUGGGUCCCGAUGUGGUCUGGUGACGCAGAUUAUGAGAAGUUCGAAGUACAUGGCUGGCCGACCAACAUGGUUGUGGACUUGGGAAAGAGGCUCUGCACAUGUGGUUUCUGGCAAUUGAGUGGGAUGCCAUGUGUGCAUGCGUCUGCUGCACUGGCAAGGGCUGGUAAGAGACCGGAGGACUACUGUCACCAGUGGUUGACCAUGGAAGCAUAUAACAACACAUAUACCUUCCAUAUCAAUCCAAUUCCAGGUCAAGCACUAUGGGAGAAGUCACCAUAUAACAGACCACAAGCACCAAAAUUUAGAAACAAGCCUGGACCACUCAAGAAAAAAAGAAGAAAAGAUGCUGAUGAGGAGCCAAGUGGGAGUAAGAAGUUAAAGACGAAGAUGAAAAGAAUAUAUAAAAAAGGUCGAUAUCGUUGUUGUGGCGAAGCAGAACACACGAGAAGGAACUGUCCAAAGAGGGCUGCUGCCGAAGAGGCUGCUGCAGCUGCAGAAGUUGCUGCUGCAGAGGCUGCCGUUGCACAACCCACUGCUGCUAAUGGUGGUGAAGGUUAG